UCAAUACUCGCCAUCGUUUCUUUCUUAACUGCUCUCGACUUGGUAUUUCUUCUAUUAACUUCAGGUAGAGAUCCUGGUAUAAUACCAAGGAAUUCUCACCCGCCAGAGCCAGAAGGUAACGAAGGGCUUGCACGACUAACCCCACCAUUCCGUUUGCCACGGACUAGAGAUGUUCUUGUCAAUGGAAUCGUUGUCAAAACCAAGUACUGUGAUACUUGCAUGCUUUACAGGCCACCUCGAUGCUCUCACUGCUCCAUAUGCAACAACUGUGUUCAGAGAUUCGACCAUCACUGCCCUUGGGUUGGCCAAUGCAUUGGAUUGCGAAACUAUCGGUUCUUCUACAUGUUUGUAUUCACUACAACUGUGCUCUGCUUGUAUGUACACGGGUUUAGCUGGGUGUACAUUAGACGGAUAGCAGACAGUGAACACAUAACAAUAUGGAAAGCCAUGACCAAAACCCCAGCCUCCAUUGCACUUGUAGUCUAUACCUUCAUUUCAGUAUGGUUUGUUGGUGGUCUCACUAUGUUCCAUACCUACCUCAUAAGCAAAAACCAGUCCACUUACGAGAAUUUUAGAUACCGGUACGAUGGUCUCCCAAACCCAUUUGACCGGGGUGUUGUUGAGAACUUCAAGGAGGUUUUCUUCUCAAGGAUUGCUCCAUCGAAGAACAACUUCAGGGCAAGAAUUCCUAAGGCAGUACAAGUGCCGCCUAGACUUGUAGGCACUGGGGCCAGUUUGGGCAAUGUGGAUAUGGAAAAGUCAUCCGGGGACCUAGACAGGGGGAUGAAGCCAGGAUGGGAUGUAUCUGAUAGAAGGGAUGAUUAUGAGGGACCUGGGAGAGGGGAUGGUAGUCUCGUAGACAACAAUGGUGGUGACUCGUACGGUGAUGAAGAUGAGGAUGCUUCUUCUUCUCCAGACUUCAGUCGGAUGCUUCCUGCACAAAGCAUGGAUGGGCGGAGCGUGUUACAUUCCAGAAGGUCUAGUUUGGGAAGGAGAAGCGGUAGCUUGGACUUACCGCCUGAUGUUCUUGCUUUCGCGGCAGCCACAGCUGGAGGUGAGGAACCACAGAAGCAGGUGGCCGGUGAAAGUGACCAUGACGGUAUGUUGACACCUGAGAUCCAACGGUCUCAGUCUCGAACGAAGGAGGAAGAGAGGAGAAAGUAGAUACUCAAUGGAGUAGGAUAAUGAAGCGGAAGGCAAGGUGAGAAAUGUACAAAACUGGCAAAGAGAGGAAAAUGAAAGAGCAGGCCAAGCAAACGAAGGAGCAAUGUGUUGAAAACUAUGUAACUAAGGGUUGGUUUUUUGUGCAGUCGUGUCGAACCACUGAUAAUUGUUAUUUGGGCCCCUUUCUUUCUCUUCUCCAUUAUUGUGGCAUUAUUCCAACACUUAUGGCUUGUAAGUAAUUUGCUUCCACUACGCCUUGGAUGCCUGGAAAAGGACUUAGGCACUUAUUGUGGGGGUUCCUUUAAUGGGAGAGAUUGUUCCUCGUCUUUGCCAUCACUGUGUGUAAGUAUUUGGUAUUUAAAAAGCUGCGAAAGCUGGCGGCUGGGGUUCUGUAAUACCAUGUAUUUGUACUUUAAUAACCUUUUGAAAACAGACAAGUGUAACUUGGAAGGGGUUUGGUUGAACAGAGUCGUGUUGCUGUUCUUGAAUCUUCUAAGGAAACAUCUGCCAUUGCCUGGGAAUCAUGGAUGAUUAUUGGUGAAUCAGGAUAGCCACAAUCACAAAUGAAACUUGUUUUCCAUCACAAUAAUAUUGUUGGGAUUUGUUUUUCGUUGAACUAUUGUCGGGAUUUGUCUCGCAAACUUGUGAUACUUAG